AUGAUUCUUAUUGUGGUUUCUGUUUGUACUGCAACUGGCGCAUGGAAUUGGUUAAUAGACCCAGAAACACAGAAGGUAUCAUUCUUCACAUCACUGUGGAACCACCCCUUCUUUACAAUUAGCUGCAUAACCUUAAUAGGACUCUUUUUUGCUGGGAUCCACAAGAGAGUUGUGGCACCGUCGAUAAUAGCAGCAAGAUGUCGAACUGUGCUAGCAGAGUAUAACAUGUCAUGUGACGAUACGGGGAAAUUGAUUCUUAAACCAAGACCACAUGUCCAGUGA